GAUUAAACAGUCCGUUCAACCAAACAGGCCCUUACCCAUCUGCUUUACAUUAUCCGCUGCUCUUGCUCCCCUUCAAAAUUCCACCCUUCACUCUCCGAGAGGAAAUCGAAAAUGGCGAUUUCUCUCACCUCAUCCUUUGCUUCUCUCUCCUUCUCCUCACAAAUUUCUCAAAAACCCUAUGCCAUAUCUCUCGCACAUUCAAAGCCAUUCCCUUUAUCUCUCACUUCCAAAAUCCCUACACUCGUAGUAUCAGCUUCCGUCGCCGAAGCACCAGCGGCGCCGGAGUUAGAAACGCGAGAGGAACUUCUGAAUCUUGUGAAAAGUAGACUUCCCGGCGGUUUUGCUGCACAGCCUAUUUUCGGAACUGGUAGACGUAAAAGCGCCAGUGCUCGUGUUGUCCUUCAGGAAGGUUCUGGAAAAAUCAUCAUCAAUUAUCGUGAUGCCAAGGAAUAUCUUCAAGGAAAUCCGCUGUGGAUUCAAUAUGUUAAAACUCCUCUGGCCACUUUAGGAUAUGAGGCUAGCUAUGAUAUUUUUGUCAAGGUGGAAGGUGGUGGUCUUUCUGGGCAGGCUCAAGCAAUCUCCCUUGGCAUUGCUCGUGCACUCCUGAAGGUCAGUGAGAGUCAUAGAAAACCAUUGAGGGAAGAGGGCCUGCUAACUAGAGAUGCCAGAGUUGUGGAGCGGAAGAAAGUUGGUCUCAAGAAGGCUCGCAAGCGUCCACAAUUUUCCAAGCGUUGAGGUUGGGAAAUUCUUAUUUACCGUUGUUGCAUUUCGUAGAAAGUUUAGGUGGUUUUGUUAACGCAGAUUGGGGAAAUACCAUAUCAAUGAUCUGGUUCGACUGUUGAAGAUUGGAAAUGUUUCCGAUCCAUUACUCAAAUGCUUCUUGUAAAUUUUGUAUCAGUCUUGACUCAGAAGUACAAUUGAAUCUGCUGAAGUUGUUAUUGAGUUUAUAAGUCUAGAUUUACAUUGUAAACAUUCACCGAGACAGUUGAAUAUAAUUUGAAGAUUUUGUUACCUGUUAA